GGGUACGGGGACGCCCCCACCGAGGGCAUCCGACGCGUCCUAGAGGAGGAGCGCGGGGUUGCGAGGCCACGGGCCCAGCCCCUGGACGCCUCUGGCAUCGAGUGGAUCCGCAUGGGCACCACGGUGGCCACCAACGCCCUGCUGGAACGCCAGGGCGAGCGCCUGGCGCUGCCGGGCACCCGCGGCCUCCACAUCGGCAGCCAGGCCCGGCCACACAUCUUUGACCUGGUGAGGCCCAGCACCAUCGCGGCCUGGCCUGGCCACGAGGAGCAGGUCGGGGCACUGGCACAGGAGAUGGGCUUCCAGCACGUGUCCCUGUCAGCCAAGGUGGCCCCCAUGGUGCGGGCGGUGCCACGCGGGUACACAGCCUGCGCUGAUGCCUACCUCACCCCCUGCAUCCACCGCUACCUGGAGAGCUUCCGCGCUGGCUUUGCCCACCAGCUGCAGGCGCGGGGACAUGACGCCGCCAGCCACGUGUUGGCGUGUUUUGGGGGCGCCGGGGGGCAGCACGCCUGCGCCAUCGCCCGCACCCUCGGCAUGAGCCGCGUCUUCAUCCACAAGUACAGCGGGAUCCUGUCGGCCUUUGGGCUGGCGCUGGCAGACGUGGUACACGAGGCACAGACCCCUUGUGCCCUGCGCUACGAGGCCUCUGCCUUCCCCCGGCUGGACCAGCGCAUUGCCGCACUGGAGCAGGAGUGCCGGGACGCACUGCGGGCGCAGGGCUUCACCAGGGAGCAGAUCCACACCGAGGCCUUCCUGCACCUGCGCUACGAGGGCACCGACUGCGCCCUGAUGUGCUCGGCCAAGGGGCACCCACCCACCCCCAGCUCCUGCCACGCUGGAGACUUCCUGGCUGCCUUCACCAACAGGUACCUGGUGGAGUUUGGCUUCACAAUUGCUGACCGGGCAGUGGUGGUGGACGAUGUGCGGGUGCGCGGCACUGGCAGCAGCGGCAUCACCUGCGAGGCCCCCCUGGCCCCCAGCGGGGAACCACCCCGCGUGGCGACGGUGACACGGUGCUACUUCGAGGAGAGGUACCUGGAGACACCGGUGUUCCUGCUGGAGGAGCUGGCCUGUGACCACACGAUCCCCGGCCCUGCCAUCAUCAUUGACAAGAACAGCACUAUCGUGGUGGAGCCGGGCUGCUCCGCCAGCCUGACCCGAUUCGGCGACAUCUGCAUCGCGGUGGGCUCGGGCCCCCCGCAGCCCCUCGGCCCCCAGCUCGAUCCUGUCCAGCUCUCCAUCUUCUCCCACCGCUUCAUGAGCAUCGCAGGUGGGGCAGGGCGCACGGCCAUCUCCACCAACAUCAAGGAGCGGCUGGACUUCUCCUGCGCGCUCUUUGGGCCAGACGGGGGGCUGGUCUCCAACGCCCCCCACAUCCCUGUCCACCUGGGCGCCAUGCAGGAAACUGUCCAGUUCCAGAUCCGCAACCUGGGUGAAGACCUGCGGGAGGGGGAUGUCAUCCUGAGCAACCACCCCUGUGCAGGGGGCAGCCACCUCCCCGACCUCACUGUCAUCACCCCUGUGUUUUGGCCGGGUGUUCCCAAGCCUGUGUUCUUUGUGGCCAGCCGUGGGCACCACGCAGACAUUGGGGGUAUCACCCCUGGCUCCAUGCCCCCCCACUCACGGACACUGCAGGAGGAGGGGGCUGUCUUCAUCUCCUUCAAGUUGGUGAAGGAUGGCAUCUUCCAAGAGGAGGUGGUCACCGGGCUGCUCCGCCUGCAUGGGCUGCCCGCCGUCCAGGCCUACAUGGCUCACAUCCAGGCCAACGCCGAGGUGGCCGUCAGGGAGAUGCUGAAGGACUUCGCUGCGCGCUGGGGCUCGGCGGUGGAGGCCGAGGACAGCAUGGACGAUGGCUCGCCCAUCCGGCUGCGGGUGCAGGUGGACCCCCAGGAGGGCAGUGCCAUCUUUGACUUCUCGGGCUCGGGGCCGGAGGUGUACGGGAACUGCAACGCCCCCCGCGCCAUUACCCUCUCGGCCCUCAUCUACUGCCUGCGCUGCAUGGUGGGACAGGACAUCCCCCUCAACCAGGGCUGCCUGGCCCCUGUGCAGGUGGUCAUCCCCAAAGGCUCCAUCCUGGACCCCUCGCCUGAGGCUGCUGUGGUGGGGGGCAAUGUCCUGACCUCCCAGCGUGUGGUGGAUGUCAUCUUCAGGGCCUUCGGCGUCUGUGCCGCCUCCCAGAAUGCUGGGGGUCAUGUGGGUUAA